CAUUGCCAGGACCAGCUCGCGUUCACCGAGGACUGUCAAGUUACAGGACAAAUACUCGCUUGAACGGCACUCGAGAAACAACGGUGCGACUAGAAUAUUUAUUAGGAAACAUGGGGCCAGCAAAACUCCUUGCCGUAAUCGCUUUGUGCUCUUCAUCCUGUGCUGCAAUGGUCUACAGGACUGAUUCUCCAUGUGACUUCACGGACGUCCACCUAGACGACGAAAUAUUUUCCAAGCUGCUCGUCAAGCUUCCAGAAGGUUUCGAGUCCGGACCGCAGGAGUUCCACUCUGCCUUUCCUGGAAUUGAGAUUGGUGGAAUCACUGUACAUGGCCUGAGCAAACUCCGCCAGUUCGGGCCUCCAAUUCCUUAUUGCGCCAACGGAAGGCGCAUGGUGCAAGUGGACUUCUACAAUGAUUACCCGAUAUACUUCUCCGCGCCAUGGAAGGCUUGCUCAGGCGAUGAAGGGCAGCUCAUGCUUCGCUCCGCGUUCUCGCGGUUCACAGUCCAAUUUGCCAUUGUCGAGUCGUCUGGUGAAGGCGUGAAGCUUGAAUUCGAGCGUGAACUUCCUGUUACAACGCAGAGCAUUCGCGUUGGAAUCGAAGGAGCUGGACGUGGCCUGAACACCAUUUUUGAAGUUCUGAGCGCACUCGUACCAAGUGUGGCUGAAGAAUCUUGGAACGUGCAAUUUUCGCGUUACCUUGCCACAGCCUUCCGUAUGGCCCUUGAGUGAAAUAUGCAUAAGGGAAUAUAU